CUUCCGGCUUCUCUCCUGUAUCAGUUAUUUAAAAUAUAUCAAUGUGAGGGUUCGUUAAAGGGUUCACAGCUCAAAUAAGCAUAACAGGGAGGCUUUAGUAACAUGGAGACAGAGGAAGUAGCAGCUGAGGCACCCGCAGAACCAACAGCCGAAGUAAAAGAUGCAAAUACAGAGGAAAACAAAGAACCUGUACCCACCGAACCAACAUCCGAAGCAAAAGAUGCAAAUACAGAGGAAAAUAAAGAACCUGUUCCUGCAGAACCAACAUCCGAAGGAAAAGAUGCAAAUACAGAGGAAAAUAAAGAACCUGUUCCUGCAGAACCAACAUCCGAAGGAAAAGAUGCAAAUACAGAGGAAAAUAAAGAACCUGUUCCUGCAGAACCAACAUCCGAAGGAAAAGAUGCAAAUACAGAGGAAAACAAAGAAACUGUACCUGCCGAACCAACAUCCGAAGGAAAAGAUGCAAAUACAGAGGAAAACAAAGAACCUGUUCCUGGAGAACCAACAUCCGAAGGAAAAGAUGCAAAUACAGAGGAAAACAAAGAACCUACGACAAGCACAGACAUUCAGGACCAUGUCACAGAGGAAGCUGUACCUGAAAUAGAAGGUGAAUCUUCCAAAGAUGUCGACAAGCCUCCUUGUGACUGGCUGGAGCCACUCGAAGAAGACUGUGAGGACUUUGAUUCCCAGAGCGUCGAUGGAGAAAUAGAGAGCCUUGCUGGUAGCGAGUGGAGUGGGAGUGUAGUUAGUGUUUUGAAAACUGCUGGAGAAAGAGGUGGCAGAGGUGGUGGGAGACCUAGACGGAGAACACAGUUAGAGAUCGAUGAAGGUUGGGAAGAUUGUCCGCCAUUAGGGAAAGGAUGGAAACGCAAGCAGGUUUUUCGUCGGUCAGGCAACAGUGAAGGACGCAGUGAUACAUACUAUAUAAGUCCAAGAGGUCACAAAGUAAGAAGUAGGGUUGAGCUUAUGAAACAUAUAAACGAUUCUGUGGACCUCACAAAUUUUGAUUUUAAAACGGGCCAAUUUCUUGGUGACGGCCCUCGAAGAAGAAAGAAAAGGAGAGUGGAUUCUCCUAUGGCACACCAUGGUGGCUCUUCUACACCCGGUUUUCCAAAUGAAUUGACGAAUGCAGGUGGCACGGCCUGCAGUCCAGGGUCUUCAGCAAGUCUCAGCUGUGGUACUGUUCCAAAGUUGAGCACAAAUUCCACCCAAAAGGCUGCGAAUACUGUGACCCCACCGAAAUGCAGUACCUUUACUGGUCCUGGGACAAAUACCACUUUACCAAAUGCUGCCGCUCGCCCUCCUGUUGAUCUGGCUGGAUUUGCUCCAAAUCCAACUGUUCCUCCCUUGGCUGGUUCGGUGUCUGCAGAUAUGCCAAUCAAUGGCACCGGUGGAGCUCGACAAAGUUUGUUUGGCAUCUGCCUGAGAUGUAAUAAAACCUUUACUUUUGAAGAGGGACAAACUAUGUGCCAGAACUGCAGGCAAGAGGUUAACGCAUCAAUAGCGAGACGCAGAAAACCCUACAAAAAGUGGAAUCCAUGUGGCCGAUGCCGAGCAUGCCAAACUGCAGUGGACUGUGGAAAAUGUGUUAGUUGCCGAAAUGGUCGACUACGCCUACGACUUAAUAUCCACUCUCGGAAAGUGGUUAAAUGUCGAAAACGGAAGUGUUUGCACCCCAUCCGUAAGGACAAGGGUGUAAAGAUAUCAGAGGUGCAGUUCUCAAAAACUGCUGGAUCACUCAGCACAGCUUCAUAUAUUUCAAAACCCUCAGUCUCAGAGGAAUUUGAGGACUCACAGAGUUCCUAUCUGCAGUACAGUGACUCAGAGGAUCUGUCUAUGUUCUUUGGGGGUAAUGAUGGUGACAAUGGUCUGGAUGAGAUGGGUGUUCCUAAGGUGCGUCGCCGUUCCUGCGGGAAGUGUAAAGGCUGCGUUCGCCGUACAGACUGUGGAAGCUGUGAUUUUUGCAUGGACAAGCCCAAGUUCGGAGGCAGAAAUAAAAAAAGACAGAAAUGCCGUCUACGACAGUGCCAAAGAGAGGCUAUGAAGCAUUUGCUGCCCAUGGAUGAGGCGGAGAUGUUGUUUGCUCAGGGCUGGGUUACCCGCGGUAGGCCACGUUACACGUAUGGACGCGGUAGACCCAGGUCCAAAAAGUUGUGGGAUUUCGAGGUUUCAGAUAAUGAGGCUGAACAGUAUGUGCCAAAGGCUUCCUCGGGUGCUGGCCGGAUGGUAAAUACAGACAGGCUCCUCCAGCCAAAUUACAAUGGAAAGGCUUACGUUUAUACUGAUGUUCCAAACAGUCAUAUGAUGAACAACAUCCCACUCUACAAUCCACAAAGAAUUGAGAUGAGAAGCCCUCAGCUGCACGCAGGACGGGCGGAGAUGAUCAAAGAAAAUGGGCUUCAAGGCAGUGUCAUCAGUAGCAGAGCCUUUCUGUCUGUGAGACCAGAGGUCCUUUCUGCAGCUAGAUGGAAUACUGCAGCAAUUCCACCAGGCUGUGCUGUGGAGAGUUUGAGGGAAGGAAAUCGAUCACAGGGUUCGGCAGGUCAGGAACCAUGUCAAGAAGAGCAAUAUGAGGGCGAGUCUUGUCCAUCGAUCACUCAGAUAUUCAGCAUGGCAGACAGUGACCCCACCAUCCAAGGCAUCGACAUCAAUCAUGAACUGAUGCCGCUCCUGAAAUCUCUUCGUAGCAUGGUGCUUCCCGUCCUCUGGUUCUGCGUUGUGGUGGAAGGGCCUCGGUUACAGCUGAUGCAGUGCUCCAAGCGCUCCACUAUGGCAGACACCAUAGUUCAUAUUGAGCCCAGUUUCCACUACCACAUCAGCGUCCAGGGACAACCCCUGCUGCCCACCCACAAACUCUACGACAGCCACCCGUCUCGUCUCACCACAACAGAAGAGGUUGUUGCCCUCCUCGAGGAGCUGGAAAGGUACUCUGUCUGCCAGGGCUCGGGGCACAAAGAUUCAGCAAAAGCGCCAGAGCCUGUGCUUCCCGAGCGGGCGGCUACCUGUGACUUCCUCAUUUUCCCAGAGGCAGAAUGCUGUGAAAAAUGCAAAACUCCACAAAAGGUAUAGAGAGACUAUUCAGCACAUGGAGAUUGGUAUUUAAGUAAUACAUCUCUUAUUCCAGCCCACAUGCUAGAUUAGAUUUCUCCCUACUCUAAUGUAAAAAUAUUAGAGCACCGUUUUGAUUUGUUUUCUCAAAGAGAUGCCACCAUUACAUUGACUGCUGAAUUAAUUUUUGGUUACUUUAAUCCACAAAUCGUGACUGACAUUACUUCCCACAUUAUUGAGUGACCACUAAACAUAAAGAUGUUUUUUGACCCUAGAGAAUGUGACACACAUUUUGGUACCCGCUCUGGCUAAGGAUGCACAUUGAAUCCUGGUCAUAUAAAUAGAGGCAGUGAAUGGGGAUGUUUUACACAAUUAAACCUUGAUCAGUUUAACUGUACAUCUUGCCUUGCACUAAAGCUAUAAUAGUGCUUCACAUCCAUUUAGGUUUAAUUCCUCACACCAAUGAUAUCCGUACAUGUUUGAAUGCUUAUGUACUUCUCAGGGGGGAUUUUUCAGAAUGCAUUAAUCAUGUGGAAGAUCCAUGUUUGUUAAAAGAUUUAAUAUUUGCUGUAUGAUAUGGGGUGAGGCUGCUCUCUUGUUUUGGAUUGACAAUUUUGUACAUAGUGCAAGUGGUGGCAGAGAAAUGAAAUCAAAUAUAGUGAGAAUGUUUUUAUAAACAUGUCUUUUGCUUUCCAGAAUUUCUGUUUUCUUUAUUAUAAAACACUCUGGAUUUGUUUGUAUGUGCUUUCAUAUGAAUAAUCUGAAUUCCGUUUAUUUAAUAAAUCAUAUUAUCUGUUGGAUAA